AUGUUCGAGUGCUUCCGAUUUUUCGAUAUCCGCGAUGCCCACAACGGGUCGGUAAAGGAUGGAGGACAAGAGGCCUAUCUUUUCCGUCACCUACUCGGGUACGGCUUGGAUUGCGAGGAGAAGCACGAGAAGUGGAAGGUCGAGGCCAACCCCCCUUGGAUCACCCCGAUCCUAGCGAGCAUCUAUCCCUUUACUCAACGCCGCCCCCACCAAGGAGAGGUUAUCGCUACCACCGUGCCCGUCUCAUGA